AUGCAGCUCUUCCCUUUUACUCUGCUGACGUUGCUCGCCAACAUUUCUAUCAUCUAUGCUCGCGCGUUAUCGCCAACUCACAAACCCCGAGGCGUCGGCAGCGUUUGGUGCUUGUUGCAGAAGUUUUGGGGGUGGAACUAUAAGAGGGUUAUGCAAUCAGAAUUAAUGCCUGGCCAAGCCGGGCAAACCAGCAGCACCAGGGGGACAUAUUGUUUGUAG